AUGUCUAAGAACCCGCAAGAGCAGCCACUGUUGGCAGACUCCUUUCAGGAAGAAGAGGAGCCGCAAGAAACUGCCUACGAAUCCUCCGAGAAGAUCGUCGUGGUGGGAGUCGACGAGUCCGAUAGCGAGGAGAAUUGGGGGAGAGUGCCUCCGUUCUCGUGGAAGAAGCUAUGGCUCUUUACUGGGCCGGGCUUUCUCAUGAGCAUAGCGUUUCUGGACCCGGGAAACCUCGAGGGGGACCUUCAGGCCGGGGCUAUUGCUGGCUACUCCCUGCUGUGGCUUUUGAUGUGGGCAACGGCCAUGGGCCUCUUGAUUCAGCUCCUCUCGGCCCGCCUCGGCGUCGCCACCGGGAAGCACCUUGCUGAGCUCUGCAGGGAGGAGUACCCUGCGUGGGCUCGGAUGGUGCUUUGGGUCAUGGCUGAACUUGCUCUCAUUGGCUCCGAUAUUCAGGAGGUUAUUGGAAGCGCUAUUGCUAUCAGAAUUCUCAGUCGUGGGGUUGUGCCCCUUUGGGCUGGGGUCGUCAUCACUGCUCUUGAUUGUUUUAUUUUUCUCUUUCUAGAGAACUAUGGUGUGAGGACAUUGGAAGCCUUUUUUGCUGUUCUCAUUGGUGUGAUGGCAAUCUCGUUUGCGUGGAUGUUUGGUGAAACAAAGCCCAGUGGCAAGGAAUUGCUUCUUGGCGUUUUGAUUCCAAAACUCAGCUCCAGAACCAUUCAACAGGCUGUUGGAGUUGUGGGGUGCCUUAUUAUGCCUCACAAUGUGUUCUUGCACUCUGCUCUUGUUCAGUCAAGGCAGGUUGACCGCAGCAAGAAAGGCCGGGUUCAAGAAGCUCUUAAUUAUUUCUCUAUAGAGUCCACUCUUGCCCUCGUAGUCUCCUUUAUCAUAAAUAUAUUUGUCACAACAGUGUUUGCUAAGGGGUUUUAUGGUACUGAAUUUGCAAACAGCAUUGGUCUUGUAAAUGCAGGACAGUAUCUUGAGGAGACAUACGGGGGUGGACUGUUUCCUAUUUUGUAUAUUUGGGGCAUUGGGUUAUUAGCAGCAGGUCAAAGUAGCACUAUUACUGGUACUUAUGCUGGACAAUUCAUCAUGGGAGGUUUCCUAAAUUUAAGAUUAAAGAAGUGGAUAAGGGCGUUGAUUACCCGAAGUUGUGCAAUUAUCCCAACCAUGAUAGUUGCUCUUUUAUUUGACACCUCAGAGGAAUCGUUAGAUGUUCUGAAUGAGUGGCUUAAUGUUCUACAGUCAGUUCAAAUCCCCUUUGCACUUAUUCCCUUGCUUUAUCUGGUGUCAAAGGAGCAGAUAAUGGGCACUUUCAGAAUUGGCACUGUUCUCAAGAGUGUUUUGACUUUUGGAGGGUUUACUCCACAACUUUUGUGGAUCUUGGAUGCAUUUGGUUUCUGUACUAACCCUUCUCAAAUUAUGCUCGUAUUCUGUUUUGAUGAAGUACUGAAUUGGCUUCUGAUGUGGAUGCAGAUUACAUCAUGGCUUGUGGCUGCUCUGGUGAUAGUGAUCAAUGGGUAUCUUUUGACGGAAUUCUUUUCCUCCGAAGUGAAGGGUCCCAUGUUUGGCGCUGUAGUGGGUGCAAUAACUGCUGCAUAUGUUGCAUUUAUAGUAUACCUUAUUUGGCGGGCCAUAACCUUUGUACCUUGGCAAAGCUUAACACGACCAAAGACAAUUGUUCUUUCAGAGAGUUAA